GCAACGUCAUUACGUACACGCAACGAACUGUCAUGGAAGCCCCCACGCGCAAAUCUAAAUUGUAAAGGAUCCUGCUGUACCCUUUCUUGUUUUGUUUUCGUCUUUAAAUAUGAGGUAUUUGCUCCGACUGGGGCAUUCGUUUGCCCGCCUUCACGUCCGCCUUUGUCACCAAAGUGUUUACGGCAGCCACGCUAAUCCACGAAGCCUGCGAGUGGACCUUGGGGAAAAGAAGCUUGAGAUCUCUUCGGGGAGGUUUGCUAGAUUUGCUGAUGGAUCUGCUGUAGUACAGCUGGGAGAGACCUCUGUGAUGGUGACUGCUGUGAGCAAAACAAAACCUUCUGUGGCACAGUUCAUGCCUCUUGUGGUGGAUUACAGACAGAAAGCAGCUGCUGCCGGCCGAAUCCCCACUAACUAUUUGAGGCGAGAGCUUGGCACAACAGACAACGAAAUCCUCACCAGCAGACUUAUCGACAGGUCGAUAAGACCGCUAUUCCCUUCUGGUUACUUCUAUGAUACUCAGAUCCUUUGUAACCUGCUGGCUGUUGACGGUGUCAAUGAUCCCGAUGUGCUGGCUAUUAAUGCGGCUUCUGCUGCACUGGCCCUGUCUGACAUUCCCUGGAAUGGACCAAUAGGAGCUGUACGUAUGGGCAUGGUCAAUGGAGAGUUGGUGGUAAAUCCCACCAGGACAGAGAUGACUGCCAGCAGUCUCAAUCUGAUUCUGGCUGGAGCCCCCAGUAGUCAAGUGGUGAUGAUUGAGGCAUCAGCUGAGAACGUACUGCAGCAGGACUUUUGCCAUGCAGUGAAGGUGGGAGUGAAGCACACCCAGCAGAUCAUACUGGCCAUCCAGCAGCUGGUUCGUGAACAGAAGGUCACCAAGCGCACCCCGGUCAAGGUCUUCUCAGCCCCAACUGACAUGGUGGAAUAUGUCCGACAAUUAGCUUCUGGGAAGAUCUAUGCUGUUUUCACGGAUUACACCCACGAUAAGAUUUCAAGGGAUGACGCUGUCAACAAAGUCCGUCUAGAAACUGAAGAGAACCUCAAAGAACGAUUCCCCCAGGCUGAAACGUUUGAAAUUAUUGAAUCCUUCAACACUGUGAGCAAAGAAAUCUUCCGCAAUUUAAUUCUUAAUGAGUAUAAGAGAUGUGAUGGGAGGGACUUGACUGCUUUAAGAAACAUUUCUUGCGAUGUGGACCUUUUUAAACCUCUGCACGGCUCAGCUCUGUUCCAGAGAGGACAAACACAAGUAUUAUCCAGUGUCACAUUUGAUUCAUUGGAAUCCAGUGUUAAAGCAGACAUCAUCACCACAGCUCUAAGUGGCAUAAAGGACAAAAACUUCAUGCUUCAUUACGAAUUCCCUCCAUAUGCAACCAAUGAGAUUGGAAAGAUGGGAGGCAUCAACAGGAGAGAGCUUGGACAUGGGGCCCUGGCUGAGAAAGCUCUGAGACCAGUAAUUCCAAAAGAUUUCCCUUUCACUAUCAGGGUCACGGCUGAGGUGCUGGAGUCAAACGGAUCCUCGUCUAUGGCUUCAGCAUGUGGAGGCAGCCUGGCUCUAAUGGAUGCAGGUGUUCCCAUCACUUCUGCUGUGGCAGGAGUAGCAGUUGGUCUCAUCUCCAAAGCCAACUCGGAGAAACCCACAGAGAUCCAGGACUACAGACUGCUUACUGAUCUUCUGGGAAUAGAGGACUAUCUUGGAGACAUGGACUUCAAAUUGGCGGGAACAAACAAGGGCAUCACUGCUUUACAGGCUGACGUGAAGAUACCAGGUCUGCCUUUGAAGGUGGUCAUGGAGGCCAUCCAACAGGCCACAGUGGCAAAGAGGGAGAUCUUGGGUAUUAUGAACAAAUGUUUAGCCGAACCCAGAACCACAAGGAAAGAAAAUGGACCUGUUGUUGAAAACGUUCGCGUGCCUGUUUCAAAACGAGCACGCUUUGUUGGUCCAGGCGGCUACAACCUUCGCAGACUACAAGCUCAAACAGGCGUGACGAUAAAUCAGGUGGACGAGGAGACUUUUUCCGUGUUCGCUCCAACCCCAGGAGCCAUGCAUGAAGCCCAAGACUUCAUCGGUGAAAUCUGCAAGGACGAUCAAGAACAGCAGCUGGAGUUUGGUGCUAUCUACACUGCCACCAUCACUGAGAUCAGGGAUAUUGGUGUGAUGGUGAAACUUUAUCCCAACAUGAGUGCCGUUCUGCUGCACAACUCACAACUGGACCACAAACGGAUCAAACAUCCAAGUGCUUUGGGUUUAGAGGUGGGACAGCAGAUACAGGUCAAGUACUUUGGAAGGGACCCUACGGAUGGCAGAAUGAGACUUUCACGGAAGGUGCUCCAGUCUCCCGCUGCGACAAUCAUCAAGACUAUGAGUGACAAACAGAGCAUCUCCAUGGGCUUAAGCCCCACAACCAGCUCUGAUUUGUGACACAAAAAAAACAGGCAUUAGCUUGUUGUUACCACCCAAGUGGAUUCAAACUGAAUAGAUUUAUCUACAAACACACCUGUGAGAAAUCUAUCAAAACAAGAGCAUCAGAUGUUGUCACAACAGACAUGGCGCUGUACAUGAGGAGCUUUCUCCCUGGAGUUGUUGGUGCAGAUGUUAAACUUCCCACAGCUCAUCAACUACAGCCUCCUGCUGUCAUCGGGCUUGACUGGAUAUACAGCGGACAUUCUGAUAGAAUUGCAAAACCUAGAAUUAAGAAUUAAAAACCCCUACUAUAGUGUUCUGUUUCAUUUUUUGUACCUCAGCUAGUACGGUAAACAUCAAGUAAGAGAGUUUCCCGAAAACACAGUCCUCUUAACAGCUUUAACCCCACAGUCACACUGCAAUCCAACAAUGCUUUUCCUGUUCACAUGUGCCAUGUGAGAUAAAACUGCUUGUAUACAAAUUUGUAUUUGUUGUCCAAUGUGCAAGUGUUUCUUGUCGACUGCCACAAUCAAGAAAUUGAGAAAAAAAGUGGUUGUAUCUAAAUUCUUUUUUUUUUUAUGUCCUUUUUUUUUAUUUACAGUGUAUGUGAGUCACCUUCAAUUAAAUCAAAUAAUGUUUCUUUUAGAGUGUAAAUGUUCAGCUUCAAAAAUAAUCAUGAACCCAGAAAAAAAACGAAUUUAAAUUCAGUACAAAAUUCAGAUUGGCAUUAGGUUCAAGACUGUAGGAUGCAGGUAACAAAAUAUAGCCUAUAUCAAAACAGUAUGGUAAAAUUCAUCUCAAACUCACUCAAAAAAAGAUUAGCAAAUCUGUGUUUAAUAGCUUAUUUUCAGGAUCUGUGGCACCUGAAGGAACAAUUCCCCUUUAUCAACCAGUGACCAAUCAGUAGUUAAAACUUGUAAGUUUAACAAAAAACUCCUGCCUAUCCUAAAGCAUGUCUAUUUGUUUAUAACUGUGAUCCAGAGUAAUAACGGCUGAAUUGACCUACUGCCAAAGUAAUUCCUGUCUCUGUGGCUCAAAAAGGGAUAUAAACAAAGAAAUCUUUACAGUUUUACAUGAAGAGGACCGAGAAAACGUAAUCGGGCUAAAGAAAGGGGGAACCAUCCAAUUGAGAUGCUGUGUCACAUGGAUUUGGUGCCCCAUUGGUGACAUAUCUGAUAAAUUGUAGUGUUGAUUGCUUGAUUUGGAAGAUUAUAAUUCAGCAUUUGAUAAUAAAUAAGCACACAUUUAUUACCAUUAACCCUGUGGCCUGAGAUAUAAUGACCAUGACCAAUUAAAAUGUGAUCUGAAUUGCAAAACAUUGAGACACCUUUUAAGUAAUUAUUCAAAUUCUUUUUAACAAUAUGCUUUUUCGUUAAAGAAAUGUUGUGAAAUGGAGGAUGUUUCCUUUAUAAUACAGAGACCAAAAAGGGUCCUCUUGCACUGUCCAGUACUGCUUAUAUUGUAAUUAGUUCUUGCUCUCCUCUAUUCGCUUAGGGCACGGAACUUGCUCAGUAACUAAGCUGAUAUAUUGAGAAGACAUUGCGAUAUUUUGUGUCACUUUGGCCUGGCCUGAGCGACAGGAUUUCAAGCCCAAAAAGUUGAGGGAAACAAUGUAAAGUUUUUUUUGGUAUUCAUAAUAAAUUCAUUAAAAUGA